AUGGAAAGCACUUCAGACUACAACAGCACCAACUUGGUGGACUUACAAGGGACCACGACGACCAACCCCGAUCAUUACGCCUUCAUAAUUGGUUACAACCUACCUGAUAUCAACCCGAGAAGCCUGCAUCCUUCUCCAUCACAAAUUCCCUUCUACUGGCAGACGUUUGUAGAGAAUGUCGAACCUCUAAUCAAGAUCUUCCACAUUCCAUCCAUGAACAAAUUGAUCAGGGAGAUGCAGCGCAGCAUUCGAUUCUUAAGCCCAUCCAAAGAGGCGUUCAUGUUCGCAAUGUACUUUGCCGCCGUGACAUCCAUGACACCAAAUGAAGUACAAGAGCUUCUGGACCAGGACAAAGAGACCCUGGCUGCACAAUAUCGCCUGGCUACAGAGAAAGCCCUCGCCAAGGCUGAGUUCAUGUCGUCUUCAGACCUGAUGACACUACAGGCAUUCGUCUUGUUCCUCUUCUGUCUGAGAGAGCGUGAACAGUCACGAUUCACGUGGACUAUGACGGCGCUCGCCGUGCGAAUAGCGCAAGGGAUUGGGAUCCAUCGAGUCCGUCGAGAUACCGAACUGCCUCCAUACGAUACGGAGAUGAGCCUCAGACUUUGGCUCAGCAUCUGGCUGCUGGAUUUAAGGACCGGCCUGGAUCAAGGCAUGGAUUGGUUAAUACUAGAAGAUGUCUCUGAUGUAGCGCUCCCGCUAAACAUCAAUGACUCCGACCUCGACCCUGCGAGCGCCGAAUAUCCGUUGUCGAGAACCGGCAUGACUGAUAUGGCACCAACGUUGGUCAAGUACGAGAUUGGAUCGUUGCUGAAGAAACUGCCACGACUCGAAUCUGAAAGUAAGGGCAAACAGCCUUCGUCAGGGCUCGAUUGGGAUGAUAUGGAGCGUAUUGCAGCCACCUACAAGAAGAACGUAGAGGAGAAGUACCUGCACAACUGUGUCGAUGACGACUACUUUCAGUGGUUGACGGCUCUAAAUACACGACUCUUCUUUGCCAAGGUACCGCUGCUUUUUCACCAUCCCGCUUUGUCUUCCGAUGCAAGGUCGACUUUAUCGCCUGCCGUCAGAGACCGCUUAUUGACAGCAUCGAUCGAGACGUUGGAGUGCUCGUAUGCGGUCGUCACAAUAUCGACAUCUCUACGCUGGAGCAGGCUAUUCCGCACAUACAUCCAUUGGCACGCAAUCUCGAUCAUUUUGGAAGAGUUGUGCCUUCGGUCUAACGCGACAGAAAUUGCUCAGAGGGCGUGGAAAGCUAUUGAGCUUGCGUUAGGCUGUUGGGGUUCAUUCCCUUCUUCCCAGCAGGCGGAUGAAUUGUGGAAGCCUCUGAUAAAGCUGAUGAGGACGGCAAAGAAGAGGCGUGAAGCGAACCAGUCUCUUUACGCGCAAGAGAGGACUGAGACAGAGCCUAGCCCGAGCGACCCGUCAAUGACCGAAAUUUGGGCGUUGGCAAACUCUGAAACGCAGCUGUCGUGGCCCACAGACUAUUCGGCGAGAUAUCUCUACGAGGAUUUGAAUGAAGUUUUGGUAGAUGAUACGGGGGCUGGUCUAAGUGAGGCUAUCGACUAA